CCACCUCCCCACACCUGGUCCUGCUCCUCUGCCCCGCCCCCUAAACAGCUGUCUGAUCAUAUAGAUCAGCUCCACGACCCAGGGCUCCAAUUGGCCAUCAAGGAGGAGGAGGAGUAUGUCAGUGAGGCAAGUCUGCCGGCUGCACUCCAGGAGUUUACGGCCACCUACAGAGAUGCAGAGACUAUUACUGAUGUGUGUAACAGUACUGAUUUGCCGGAGCUUGAGAUUAUCAGCCUUUUGGAGGAGCAGCUGCCAGUCUACAAGCUGAGGGCAGACACCAUCUUCGGCUACGACCAAGAUGAUUGGCUGCACACGCCACUGGUGGAGCCUGACUCUGCCCUCGACCUGACUACUGAGCAGAUAGAGGAGACCCUCAAAUACUUCUUGCUGUGUGCGGACAGAGUGGGCCAGAUGACAAAGACCUACAGCGACAUUGACGCUGUCACCCGACUGCUUGAAGAGAAAGAGCGUGACUUGGAAUUAGCAGCCCGCAUCGGACAGUCACUGCUGAAGAAGAACAAAACACUGAGCGAGAGGAACGAACUGCUGGAGGAGCAAGUAGAGCACAUACGAGAGGAGGUAUCUCAGCUGCGUCAUGACCUGUCCAUGAAAGAUGAGCUGUUACAGUUCUAUACCAGUGCUGCCGAGGAGAGUGAGGGGGAGUCUACCACCUCCACACCUGUGCGUACCAGUGAAAUCAAUGUAUCAACUCCAACAUUUUUCCCCUUGGACUCCUUGCAGAAGAAACUCAAAGAUCUUGAGGAAGAAAACAAAUCGCUGCGAUCUGAGGCCAGUCAUUUGGAGACGGAAACUAUUUCCUAUGAGGAGAAAGAGCAGCAGUUGGUCAAUGACUGUGUCAAAGAACUACGUGAUGCCAACCUACAGAUGUCCACUCUGGCUGAAGAGCUGGCGAGGAAGACUGAAGAUGCCUCAAGACAGCAGGAGGAGAUCACGCACCUCCUCUCCCAGAUAGUAGAUCUCCAGAAAAAGGCCAAGCUGUAUGCUGUGGAGAAUGAAGAGCUGACUCAGCACUUGGGAGCAGCCAAAGACGCCCAGCGACAACUCACUGCUGAGUUGCGGGAGCUACAAGAUAAAUAUGCAGAGUGCAUGGAAAUGCUCCAUGAGGCUCAAGAAGAACUGAAGAACCUCAGAAAUAAAAAUCUACCGCCUAACACACAGAGGCGUUUCCAUUCCCUGGGAUUGUUCCCAAUGGACUCAUUAGCAGCAGAAAUAGAGGGCACCAUGAGGAAGGAACUUCAGAUGGAUGAUCCAGAUGUAGAGGAGCAAAGACUGCAACCAAAGCGAGUGUUCCAGACAGUGAAAAACCUAAAUCUGAUGCGUCAGCAGCGUUCAUCGCUGGCUCCCUCCCCUUUCAACAUCCCAGGCUCCAAUCAGACAUCAUGCUUCACCUCAGGGCGCUCCAGCAGGGUCGGCACGCCACGCUCCAACUCCAUGUAUGGCAGCGAGACAGGAAGUGGGAUUAUCCUGGACAACAGGACUAGCAGUAUCCUGGAGACUCCAGACGAUGGGUCUGAGGACUCUAACAAGCGUCCCCCUGGCACCCCAGGGACCCCAGGCAGCAGGGACCUGGAGGCAGCCCUGCGGCGCCUGUCUCUCCGCCGCGAUAACUACCUCUCAGAAAAACGCUUCUUUGAGGUGGAGAGGGAGAGAAAGCUGGCUUACCUGGCCAAAGAGGAGGAAAAAGAAGGCGAAGAAGGUAGUGGAGGCACAGGGACGCCAACGGAGAGCCUUCUGUCACUGUGCUCGCAUCCCUCCCUUGGGAGCGUCUGGUCAGGAUACUCGUUUACACCGAGAUCCUACUUGCCGGAGAAGCUUCAGAUUGUAAAGCCGCUAGAAGGCUCUGCCACGCUCCAUGCAUGGCAACAGCUGGCUCAACCCCAUAUGGGUGCUCUGUUGGAUCAUCGGCCCGGUGUGGUCACGAAGGGCUUCCGCACUUUAGCACACGAGCAUGAACAGGACGACAGCUGGCAAAUGGACCAACCAGAGGAGGACGAAGUCUCAUGUGACUCAUUUGCCUGCUCGUCACUAGAGAGCUUGGCUCUCUUUGAUCUUCCGCGCUCUACCUCUUCUCCCUCCGUCUGCCGCAACAAAAAUGGCAACGCUGACGACAGCAGCCAACCAGAAACACUGCACGGAGAAACGUGCGGGAUUGGAGAGGCAAUUCAAGGAAAAGACGGACAUGCUGCAAACGUGCCCCUUCCCUCCUCAAGCCCACCCCUCUCUUCUUCUCUGCCGUCUUCUGAGAUGAACGGGCACGUGGACCUCAAGGAGCUCCAGGCCUUACAGGCCAGCGCACUGGACCGCAUGCCUGUUAAUUUCCCAGGGAAGUGUAUGUCAAACACUAGCUCAACAUACACCUUCACCACCUGCAGGAUUCUGCACCCUUCGGAUCAGCUGACCUCUGUGUCCCCAAGCCUGGCGUCGGCUUCUUGUCAGAGCAGCACUUGCAUCAGCACUACUACCCCCACUUCCUCUCCUAUACCCUUCUCUGCCCCGCAUACGCCUUCCUACACUCCAUGCUGCACCCCGCGCCGCCUCUCCCUCUCUCUUUCCCUGGCUGAGUCCUUCACCAAUCUUAGAGACUCCACCAAGACCACCAGCACCUCUCUAGGACUCGUGCGUCUCCUGCUGGAGCAUGGGAUCUCGGCGUCAGUGUACAACCCGUGCAGCUGGGACCGAGGGUUGGACACCAGCAGUGCUUCCACCCCUGUAGCAGGCCCGCAGACACAGAGGCGCACCGACAGACCAGGGGAGACCUUAGAAAAACGGCUCAAGAAACGCCCGAACACCCUCACCCUCCAGCCCUCCACUCUGCCCGACUCCCCUCAUUUCCGCUCCAAAUCUGCCUCUUCCACCACCGCCUGCCCAGUUUUUCAAUUCAGCCCCUCCAGUGACGACCCACCAUUCUACGACACUUUCCUCGCCUCCAAGCCAGCACGUACCAUCCUGAGGGAAGUGCUGGGGGAGGCAGAGAGGGAGCGAGGGUACCAGACAGAUGAUGAGAGCCAAACAGAGAUGAUGAACCUGAGACUUGUGGACAAACUGAAACGUUUCCGCACCCUCUUGCCUCAUGCUGCUUCUGUUGCAUCUGGGAGUACUCUAUUAGCCCCCUUCAGCUCCACCGGAUUGGGGAACAGUACACUAGGUGGGGGCCUUCCAGUUUUGAACGCAGGACUGAGGAGGAAUCGAAGCUAUCCCGCCAUGGUAGGCGCUAGUAUGGCUAUGAAAGAUCCAGGAGGGCCCCCAAGUACAGAGAUACUCAUUCCACAUACAAUGCAAGCCCCAGUCACAGUGCACACACAGGAAUUAGGAAAAUUGCAAACAACAAAUCAUACAUUAGUCACACAGACCACACAGAUGCCACAGACACUACAUGCACUGGAAAAAGUGGCGCCACAGACGAUAACAGAGAAUCACGUCAGGCCAAACAACGGACCGCAGGAUUCAGCAAGCAACAAUGAUGAAAAUGGGACAUAAAUUGGAAAUAUUCAAUAAUAGACCCUAUUACAACACAUAAACUCACAUCUCACAGUACCAUACAUGCCAUUACUACACACACAUUCAAGUGUAUUUACAAAACCAAAUACCCUACAUAACUAUAUAGACAUCCUUCAGUAUGGAGUCUCUCCACAGAAUACAACUACACCCUCAGACUCUACUUACUCUCUUUCCUAACAUUUAACAGUCUAAUCAAUGUAAACUGAAUGAACCAGUAGUGGCUGACACUGUUACACUGUGUUAUAAUCAUAUACUGUCAGAUGAAUGAUGAUGGAGUAUGUUGCCUUCCUCAGUGUCCAUUGUAACUGUAUAUUGUAUGUGCAAUAUACUGUGUCAUAUAUAGUAUAAUAUUAAAGGCCCAAUCUGGUGAAAGUUACUACAGUUUACUCUCCGUUUCCUUCUCAACCUGAACGAGUGCACUAUUGAAAAAGGCAACGAAUACAAGUUAAAUGUACUGUACUGGCCCAAAUACAAGAUUGUUUUUAUGCUAACUGUAAGAAAGUGCUGUAUCAUGGGCUGUUUGGAGCCUUAAUGUUGCUAGGCUAGCUCAUUUUUCUCAUAGCAAAAAUGAAGCCUCAGUAAUUUGGCUGCUAGUCCUGGGCUAGCUGGACCAGCCUGUUUACCAGAGCAUUUAUUCAAAGGAUGUGUAAAUCACCAAAGAGCCGGUUAAUGCUGAUCCUCUUUUAGACUGUAAAAUAGAAGCGAUGAAAUUGAUUUCAAUUUUAAUUUUUUUUUCAAAAUGUGAUGAAUUUGCCAAUCUUGUAUCAUUAAAAGUGUCUAUUUUUAUUUUUUUUAAUUUAUUUUCAUGGUUACGUAUGCACUGAAGUUGAAUGGAAAUGAUUACACAACAUAAAGUACAGUGGCAUUAGAGAUUUUUUUCCACCAGCAAAUCUUUUUUGUCUUUUUCUUUUCUCUCUGUAUUAACGUAAUCAGCAUUUAAAAAAAGAAAAAUCCAGAUUGGGUCUUUAAUGUGUUCCCCUCUCUCUGACUGAAUGUUCUUCUGUGCCUAAAAAACUAACAACAUACUGUACCGUAUGUCAUUGGAGUAUGGGUUUGCAUUUGUUUUUGUUUCUGUUAUUUUAAUAUUUUAAUUUUCCUCUUGUUAAAUGGUAUGCAGUAGAGAGAGAAGAUGAGAAUAAGCAUGCAAACACAAUUUAUUUGCAUCUGAAACAUGCUUACUUCUGUCUGUUUUUGUCUCCUCCUUUGAGAAUCCUCGGGGAACAUGUAGCACUUACACAGUAACGCCGAGCAGGUCCGGCUAUACAGACACCUGGUAAAACACUGUGACUACAGAGAGAGACGACACACAGACCUGCAGAGAACACCAAACCAUCCGUUUCCCCACUUUUCUUCUGCAACACUGUCUUUUCAUUGCUCAUCAGUAUAGGACAAGUUUGAGAAGGAGGACAAAUGUAGCAAUUUGAAUCUAUCGAGGCAUGACUGACAAACAUCCAAAAUCCAAAAGAAUACAAGCAGGAGCUGCAAGUUUGCCAUCAUAGUCACCUGUUACACCCUGAGCUGUCAAUCAAAACCAAAGUUACACCCAAAUAAAGAGUGGGUGGGACCACGAAGACACAGAAUUGAAGCAUGUCACAGAUCACAGGUUCACUUUUUUUUUCCAUCAUAUGCAUUCAUACUGUCCCCAUAGAAUUUGUUUUGCCAAAAUCAAACGAGCUGUGGGUGGAAACUGUAAAGCAAUAUUAGGCAGUUUGAGACGUGUAUGUUUCUGAAUGUAACUGUAAAAAAAGAAGUGACUUGAGAUAUCCAAAUGAUGGUUUGAAGAGCAAGAGUCUGAGUUUUUAUUUCUAACACAGUUUGUUGCUGAAGGAAAGUUUCAGUAUCACUGACCUAGCUCUAGUGUCCAACCUCGGGAACACCCAUCAGACCUUGAUGAAGUUGGGUUUUCAUGGGUGUCCCACCAUUUCAUCAACACAUGAUUGAAAGCCCUUUGUUUUUUGGCACUUUCUGAUUCCUUACACACCAUUUCAAUCCCUUCCUUUAAUUCAAGUCUCGAGGCUCUUAGGUUGGACAUUAGAACUGGACCAGUGACUGCUUGUCUGACUGACUGACAUUGAAUGAAUGGGUGAAGUGGCUGCCUCUGAUGCUGGCACUGAUCUUUUGAAAUCCUUAAUGAUUAAGGAGUUAAACUAACAAUGUUGUCAUUGGGAGAUUAAUGAUUAUUAAAUAUAUUUAUUAAAAUACUUGGAUUAUUAGCAGCACGCUAAUAAUGAAUUAUCUAUCAUUUGUGUUUAAGUGAAGGACUUUUGCUGAUUUUAUGUAUAUUUUGAAAGCUCACAUUGACAGUUUGAAUUAUUUUUUAUUGAACAGUUGCUAUGGUUACAUGAUAAGCGUUUCUGUGGCACUUAGUAGAAGCAUUUCCAUUUAAAACAAUGGUUACUGUUAGCUGUCAACAAGCUUAUAUUGAUGAUGCCCAUUACUUCAUGACAGUUGCACAUUUUGGAGGGAAAAAGAUAAUCAAACAAUAAUUCACAGUAUUUAAUAAUGAUACCAAGUGCUAAGACUGAAGCGACAAGGAGCUGGUGUGUGUGUGUGUGUGUGUGUGUGGGCGUGCGUGUGUGUGUGUGCUUGUUUUUCUGUGUGUCAUUGAAUCAUCUGAAUGUAAGUUAUUACAAACAGUUAUCCUGCUGUAGGGCCAUAUAUUUGUGUACAGUAUGUUGAUCAGUUUGUGUUAAUCUCAGAAUGGGAAUUAUUACAUUGUAAAUGUAUGAAACACAUAUUCAUGCCAAUUUCAUUUUUUAAUAAACUGUAACAGUAGAAAAGAGACAGCUGCUUAUAUUGAGUAAAGAGGGAAAGACACUUUUCUGUUCAGGGACUGAAUGUGUUCUGGUGUACAGAACAGAUUGUACUGUCAAUAAAACAAAUACAGAAUAAAGA